AUGCGAAUCGGCGUACUCCCUGCACUCGUGGUGCUCGGCGCCAGCUUGGCGAAUGCGAGCCCGAUCCGGAUCGUCGUUACAGAGGUCUCCUCGAGCGUGCGCUACGGACAUGCCGUCCCCGACGCCGACGCCAACGACGCCGCCGUCGCCCGCAUCGCCAUAAACCAGCUCGAGGGCCCCCUCGUCGCCGUCUCCACCUCGGACACGCACCCCGCCGGCGCCCGCCACUGGUGCCAGGGAAUGCGCACCAAGGCGCUGGACGCUUCCAACGCCCUCCGCCAGAUCCUCGGCCUCGAGCCCAUUACCGUCGCCCCGCACCACCGCAUGGGGCCUAUCGUCGUCCCUCUCGAGGGUGCCCCGCACCACCCCCACGGCGGCCACAUGCCCCCUCCGCCUCUCGUGCCGUUCGUCGGAACUGCCGUCAGGCCCGGGCUGGUCGCCGAAGGCGGGGACCCGCGCGGCCCCAUGUGGGCGCACCACCGCGGGCACAGGAUGAUGCGCCAGUCGUUCCUCCGCCGCGUGCACCACGCACUCAUGACUCUGGGCCCCUGGGAGGGACGCGCCGUCGCCUUCGUCCUCGGCUGCGGCAUCGGCGUCCUCCUCCGCAUGGUCUGGGUCGUCGUCCUCCUCACCGCCCGCGCGUUCCGCGGCACCCGCGAGGACGAGACCGUCUACGACGUCGUCUUCGACGAGGCCGAGCUCCUCGUCGCGCCCCCGCAGUACACCACCAUCGAGGGCUCCGAGGCCGUCCCCGUCGCCACACAGGAGAAGGAGAAGAACUAG